GGUCAGCAGACAUCUUCCGGGUCGACGGAAGAGUUCGCCUCUGUUGCACAGAGCCAGGACUAUUGGCAAAGGAGGGGUGUUGUCUGUCCUGUUGAGCUCCUCCUAGUGUGUUAGUGUCGGGUGUGUGUGCACCAUGGCGAGCCUCCUACGUGUUGUGGCGGCCAGCUGCUCGACCCCUGUCUUCAGCGGAGUUUCCUGUGUAAAGCUGCAGAGCGGCGGUGCUAUCAAAGCGUCAUGCCUUCGCUUUUUCCGGACCCAUCAAGCUCUCGGACGAUGUGCCAGUAGUCCCGGUAUUGCAUACAAACAACUCACAGUCGGUGUCCCCAAAGAAAUCUUCCAGAAUGAACGUCGUGUGGCGAUUUCUCCCACUGGUGUGCAGGCGCUCAUCAAACAGGGCUUCAACGUCGUCGUGGAGACCGGAGCCGGAGAGCCUUCAAAGUUCCAUGAUGAACAGUACACCCAGGCCGGAGCAACAAUUAAAGACAUUAAAGAUGUCUUGGCAUCUGAUGUGCUGGUUAAGGUUCGUGCUCCCAUUUUCAACCCUGACCUGGGUGUCCAUGAGGUGGAGAUGAUGAAGGAUGCGGCCACUUUAAUCAGCUUCAUCUACCCAGCUCAGAACCCCGAGCUAAUGGACAUGCUGUCCCAGAAGAAGGCCACAGUCCUGGCUAUGGACCAGGUGCCCCGAGUCACCAUCGCCCAGGGUUACGAUGCACUGAGCUCCAUGGCAAACAUCGCAGGAUAUAAGGCAGUUGUGUUGGCAGCUAAUAACUUUGGUCGCUUUUUCACUGGACAAAUCACAGCAGCUGGGAAAGUGCCACCUGCAAAGGUUCUGAUCAUUGGAGGUGGUGUGGCUGGAUUAGCUUCAGCUGGUUCUGCCAGAUCCAUGGGAGCUAUUGUCAGAGGAUUUGAUACCAGAGCUGCAGCUUUGGAGCAGUUUAAAUCUCUGGGCGCAGAGCCGCUGGAGGUGAACAUUGAGGAGUCGGGAGAUGGCCAGGGAGGCUAUGCCAAGGAAAUGUCAAAGGAGUUCAUAGAGGCAGAGAUGAAGCUGUUUGCCAAGCAGUGUCUGGAGGUGGAUAUUAUUGUCACCACUGCUCUGAUCCCUGGAAUGCGUGCACCCAUCCUGAUCACCAAACCAAUGAUAGAGAGCAUGAAAGAUGGGUCAGUGGUGGUGGACUUGGCUGCUGAGGCCGGAGGAAACAUUGAGACCACAGUACCUGGAGAGCUGUCGGUACACAAGGGUGUAACCCAUAUCGGCUACACAGACCUGCCCAGCCGUUUGCCGACACAGUCCAGCACUCUGUACUCCAACAACAUCACUAAGUUGAUGCGGGCCAUCAGCCCCGACAAGGAGAACUUUUUCCUUGAUGUCAAGGAGGUGUUUGACUACGGCACCAUGGAUCACGUCAUCAGGGGCUCCGUUGUCAUGCAGAAUGGAAAGAUCCUGUUCCCCGCUCCCCGGCCUAACAAUGUGCCCGUUGCAGCUCCUCCUAAACCCAAAUCCAUCAAGGAACAGCAGAAGGAGAAGGCUGCACAAAUCUCCCCCUUCAGGGCUACACUCACUACUGCUGGCGCGUACACUGGAGGUGCUGCCACCCUACUGGGUCUGGGUCUGGCAGCUCCUAACGCCGCCUUCACUCAGAUCGUCACCACCUUCGGCCUGGCCGGCAUUGUGGGAUACCACACGGUGUGGGGAGUCACUCCUGCUCUGCACUCUCCACUCAUGUCCGUCACCAACGCCAUCUCAGGUCUGACGGCUGUGGGUGGUCUGUCCCUGAUGGGAGGCGCCUACACCCCAACAUCUACUGCUGGGACACUGGCUGUGCUGGCGGCCUUCAUCUCCUCGGUCAACAUUGCUGGUGGUUUCCUGGUGACUAAAAAGAUGUUGGACAUGUUCAGGCGUCCCACUGAUCCUCCAGAGCAUAACUACCUUUAUCUACUUCCUGGUGGUGUCUUUAUCGGUGGCUACGCUGCGGCUCUACAGUCUGGAUACGACAUUGAACAGAUGAUGUACCUGGGCUCGGGUCUGUGCUGCGUCGGUGCCCUGGCUGGCCUUUCCAACCAGCGCACAGCCCGUCUGGGUAACGCGUUGGGUAUGAUGGGAGUCGCAGGGGGGAUCAUUGCCACUCUGGGUGCCCUAAAACCGAGUCCAGAGCUCCUGGCACAGAUGAGUGCAGCCAUGGCUGUAGGUGGCACUACUGGCUUGGCCAUUGCUAAGAAGAUCCAGAUCACUGACCUGCCCCAGCUGGUGGCGGCCUUCCACAGCUUGGUGGGGCUGGCUGCCGUGCUCACCUGUGUGGCAGAAUACAUGAUCGAGUACCCCCACUUUGCCACAGACCCUGCAGCCAACCUCACCAAGAUAGUCGCAUACCUCGGCACCUACAUCGGUGGAAUCACUUUCAGUGGCUCUUUGGUGGCUUAUGGCAAGCUGCAAGGUGUUCUGAGCAGCGCUCCCCUGGCGCUCCCUGGUCGUCAUGCUCUGAACGCCACUCUUAUGGCAGCCUGUAUUGGUGGGAUGAUUCCAUACAUGCUGGAUCCCAGUUACACCACAGGCAUCACCUGUCUCGGAUCUGUCUCUGCUCUCUCCGCUGUCAUGGGUGUAACCUUGACGGCAGCUAUUGGAGGCGCUGACAUGCCGGUGGUGAUCACCGUACUGAACAGUUACUCAGGCUGGGCCUUGUGCGCCGAGGGCUUCCUGCUCAACAACAACCUGCUGACCAUCGUCGGAGCUCUCAUUGGGUCGUCUGGAGCCAUUCUGUCCUAUAUUAUGUGUGUGGCUAUGAAUCGUUCACUGGCUAACGUGAUCUUGGGAGGCUACGGCACGUCUUCCACCGGUACAGGAAAACCCAUGGAGAUCAUAGGGACACACACUGAGGUCAAUGUGGACCAGACCGUCGACAUGAUUAAAGACGCUCAGAGCAUAAUCAUCACUCCAGGUUAUGGACUUUGUGCUGCAAAGGCCCAGUACCCCAUUGCUGAGUUGGUGAAGAUGCUUCAAGGUGCUGGCAAGAGAGUCAGGUUUGGUAUUCACCCUGUGGCCGGGCGUAUGCCUGGUCAGCUCAAUGUGCUGUUGGCUGAAGCUGGUGUCCCGUACGAUAUGGUCCUGGAGAUGGAAGAGAUUAAUGAAGACUUCUCUGAAACGGACCUGGUCCUGGUGAUCGGUGCCAAUGACACGGUAAACUCAGCCUCCCAGGAAGAUCCCAACUCUAUCAUUGCGGGUAUGCCUGUGCUGGAGGUCUGGAAGUCUAAGCAGGUGGUUGUGAUGAAACGUUCCCUGGGUGUGGGAUACGCAGCUGUUGACAACCCCAUCUUCUACAAGCCCAACACUGCAAUGUUGCUCGGCGACGCCAAGAAGACUUGUGAUGCCCUGCAAGCCAAAGUCCGCGAGUCCCAGAACGAGUAAGGCGGACGCCUCCACUAAGAGCACACAUGGCGCGAGGAAGGUGGAUGACGAUGAGUCAAUGUUGUUCCAAAAAAUAUCUCCACGUCAAGAUGAUCUUUGUCCGAUUGUGAACUCCGCCAAUUGAGCAAAGAUGAUAUAAAAGUGUUUGGCUCACCCUUCCUUACAUCUAUAAAUAUAAGAAAUUACAAUGUUUGCUGGAAAAGGAAACGCUUGUGCAAUAGGAGCCAAGCUUUGCAGAUAUUGUACAAAUUUACAGGCAUGACAUUUAUUUCUAGAUAUUAAAGGAAGGAUGCGUCAACUGUGCAUGUAGUCUGGGGAGCAACCGACUGUCAUCUUUCUUAUAGACACUUAUAUUAAUGUAAAAAAACAAUCAGAAAUGUAGAUGCAGACAAGUUAAAUUUCACCGUUAUGAUGUUUUAGGAACUAGUCAAUAGUUGAUUGAAGCAUUUUUAGAUGAACUGUAAUUUAAAAAGGAACAAAAGCAGAGAUAUGAAGGCGAAACCCAAGAGAAAGGUAUGAGAGUUGAACACUAAUGUUUUUCCACACUGUUAACUGUUUCCCCCAAUUUUCUUUUGUUAUCGCAAUGUAAUCUGGUGUUCCCUUUUUAUAUACAGAUGGGUAUAUUUGCUGACAUCCUCAUGUCUCAUCUUUUCUGUAAAAGUAAAAAGAAAAAAAGCAGAAUAGUGCAACACUUUUGUAAAGUUCGUUCAGUUUUGUACGGUACUAAGAGAUUUUUGUAUUCGGUCUCAUAAUUAUCAUAAACCUAGAAAUCACGUUUUCGAAGCCAUAGUCAGUGACGGAAAUCUAGUCAUGCUGUUUGAUUUUUUUCUUUUCACUUACUUGUGUCUUGUGACCUCCACCCUUUUGCCUCGAGUGCAGCCAUCACACACACAGCUUCAAAAAGAUUAAAGGGCCAUUCAGACUUCUUCUAUCAAGCAUUUGAUGCAAUAAACUAUAUUGAUCUGACGUAUUUUGAAGUAGGACACCACAGCAGUCAUGUAAGGACAGACUGAACCACUCCUCCAAACAAACCCUCUUGUAGCUCUGACGGCUGAAUGGAUUUAAUGAUGUUUCUGAACCAGGUGCAUCACAUCAUCCUGUGUGGCUCUGAUGUUACAGUACAAUUGAUGCUAGCCUUUGGCCUUUACGGUAAAGAAGGGUGAUUGUUGUGUUUUUGAAGUGAAUGUGGCUCCAUCCACUCCAAUAUGUGUGUCCUCAUUAUUUUUCUAGAGGGAAAUGAAGGAUCACUGUUUGUAAACUAGGGCCAGAUGUUAAACUGACUGUUGUGCAAAGAGUCGAAAGCAACGUUGCACUUGCUUCAUGCAAUUUUUAGCCACAUUUCAGAAUAUGUGGAUUCUCCAAUAUUGUUGUUAAGCAUUUCUAAAUUAAAAUGGUCAUUUUUUUACAUUUGCCAUAAUGUCCCCCCUUUACUCUCAAUCUGGAUAGAAUCUACGGCACAAAUAUUAAUGGAUUAGUUGUUGACCACUUGAGAAGUGUUGAAAGAUCACUGACAAAACGACAGUAGCUCCCCAGAACACCAGACACUUAGGUUUGAUUUUUAAAUAGGCUGUAUCGCUGCCAUCCUUUUAUUACUUUUCACAGUUUUGAUGACCAUGAUCCAUUAGAUGAAUUAGAAGUUUAAAAUCUCUACAAGUGAUGUAAGACGUUAGUUGUUAUAGUUUCAUCCGGGGACCUAUUGAUGUAUUGAUCAUGACAACUAUCCUACCUCUCCAUAAAAAGACCAAUAACUUUACAGAGGACCCUCAUCUGACCAGUCACGUUCAACUGAAACUACCCCAGGAUGUCUAACGGACCAGUCAUUUUCCAUCCACACCUGAAUUUAACCAGUCAGCUCUCAUGAUUCAUACACUUGACCAAUUGCCUCCUGUGUUGUGUUUGCAUCAUAGUUUACUGUAUGUUAUGCAAGUGUAGAGCUGCUGAUGUCAUUAGCGCUCAUGAGGGGCUAUUGUUGUUGUUCCAGGUCAAUUUACACAAAUGCAUUCUUUAGGGACUAUUAAAUUAAGACUUUGCUUAAUAUUUGUUGUAGCCUGUUGCCAUUUUUGAGGUAAUGAUCAAAUGGAUGGAGAGUUUUGUCAAUUUCCCCCCCCCCCCCCCCCCCCCCCCCCCUUAUGCCCUUACCUUUUUUGUCUUAAGGAAGUAUUUUUGUAAAGAGGCAUCAUGUGUGCAAAGCCACAAAUGGAGUUUUGAGGUUGUACAAUGCUUCAGUGCACCGUGUUGGGGAGAUGAAAAGUACUGUGAAUGUGUUCUCCUUUUGUUUGUGGAACAUUUUCAUCCCUAAUAAACCUCUAUUUACACUAGAA